GUGCCUCCUGUGAAAAUGAAAGGUGGACCCAAAGCUCCAUUUCAGGUGGUAGGGCUGCAGCAGGCUUGGCGAGAGGAUGGCUUGGCCUUAUAUGCUUGUCUAAUGCCAGCAGAUGAGUCUUCAGCCCAGAACAGCACCAAGAUCCAGAAGAUAAAAGCAGUGGAGAAGGUGUUUGCGGUGCCAAAUGGAUUUUACUGGCAAACAGUUGAAACUGAUGAAGAAUACUUCCCUAAUAGCAGCAACAUCGAGGCUUGCAGAGAUAUAGACACUGAGGUUGCCAUGGUAUUGCUGUUUGAAAAUCUCUUCCAAAGUCCCCUAGCUGCCCAUCACAUGUUGCAGCUGGUACUCAGUUCUGGUCUGGAUAUCUGUGGACUCCGCCUGCUCUAUCCUCAGCAGGAUGUGCUGCUCUCUAGCUCAGAAAAGCUGCCUUCUCCCUAUACUUCAAAGACUGGUAAGGUGCCACCAGUGCUGGCAUUAGGUGUGAGAGGGCCUAAAGCACGUAGCACCUUGCAGAAUAUCAUUGGGCCGUCUGACCCGCAGCUGGCAAGUGUGACAGACUGCAGUUCCAUCAAUGCCAACUACUGCAGGAGCCAAGCAGAGCCUCUUGCCUACCUGCCGCACCUGGACAGCUGUGUGCACAGGGACCUGUGCCUCUGCUCUCGGAGUCCUUCAUCAACUAGGGCAGAAGCAGAUGAAGAAAAGGUUCAUCUCCAGGGCACAGUGUUGUCUCGACCUCCAGCGAUGCUUGUCUCAACUACCAAAGGGGACAUCAUUUUGUUGGUGUCACCUGUGGUAUCUCCUCAUGCAUACGGUAACGUGAUUUCGGUCUGUACUCAUCGGGGGUUUGUUCUGCAAGGAAUCAGACAGCUGCAGCUUUCACCCAAGCAAGCCAUUGUGCUGAGCAUGACAAAAAGUCAGAUUGCUGUAUUUUGCCCUAGCAAGAUUUCAAGUUCACCUGAUACCAGCUCUACAAGAGGUGAGCUGUCUGCUGAUCCACGCAUGCACUGUCUCAUUUUGUUGCUGAGAAAGGAGAAUGCUAGUCAUCACAUUCCUGCGUUGGUAAAAGGACUGAUGAAUGAACUGGCAAAGCAAGGCCUCCCUGGCAACGGGCAGAGCAACCUGCCUGCCACUGCUGGGCUGGACCCUUCCAUGUGUUUUCAUGUGGCUCCUUACACCGAGACCUUGCUGCAGACACUGGGAGGAAACCUCAGUGCAGUGCCAGAGCCCCGCAACAUUCCUAUUGAUCUUUUCUGCAAUCAAACAUAUGCUUCUGAUCCUGAAAUGGAGCAAGUUGUCAUGCUGACGCUGGUUGGAGUGGACACUAUGAAGAGUGCCGGAGAGCUCCUUCAUCAGAUUCUUCUUCCUGGGCACAAUAAUCAAUCUCAGAGUGCAGAAGAACCUGAUUCAGGAUUUGAGCUCCUAGGUCUCAAGUGGUUGCCCCAUCUCACUCGAUCUCAGGCCAGAGAAAUAACCCCUUUUGAGGUUGGAGACACUUCCUGGCGAAGAAGCCUUGAUACACUGAUGUCAAACCCAGUCCUUGUGUGUGCAUUACGGCGGAUCAAUGCCUUCAAAGUUCUUGCAGAUGCAUUGAAGAGAUUAGCACAAUGCAGGGAGAAGCUAAGCAAAAGUGGCAGUCUUCUACAGACAGUAAUGGCCUUGACCCCAGAGGUGACAAUCAGACAAGCCAUCCUCUUCUUCACAGAGGCAGAUUUUGUAACUG